AUGGGGCAACAGGAAGAGUUGAACAAGCACGAUGUUGGCGUUGGGGUCGAUGCAACGCACGCCGCUGAUCUCGAAGCUUCCUGGAGCCAUGGCCGCGUGCAAGAGGGUGACUUUGUCACGGAGCUCGAAAACAGCAGGCUGCAACGAGGCCUCCACCAACGACACAUUCAGAUGAUCGCCAUUGCUGGCGCUAUUGGCACUGGUCUCUUUCUCGGUCUCGGUGGUUCAAUCCAGACCGGUGGGCCACUGGGUGCGCUUCUGGGCUACGCAACUGUCGGCUUGAUCGUAUGCGCGGUCCAAUUUGCGCUUGGAGAAGUUGCUGCGCUGCUUCCUGUUACUGGAUCGUUCGUCCGACAUGCCGAGUUCCUGGUCGAUCCCGCAUUUGGCUUCGCGAUAGGCCUCAACAUUGUAUAUGGAAAUCUCCUAUCGGUCCCUGCGGAGAUUAGCGCCAUUUGUGUCUUAUUCGAGUUUUGGACCGAUAUCAACUCUUCCCUGUUCAUCUGCAUAUUCAUCUUCAUCACCUUCGUGGUGGGAAUAUCAUUUGUCGGCAUCUACGGCGAAGUCGAGUUCUUCUUUGCGUGCCUGAAAAUCCUUCUGGUCAUCUUCUUGAUCAUCUUCGGCCUCGUUAUCGAUCUUGGAGGAAUACCGGGACAAGAACGCAUUGGUUUCCGAUACUGGAAUCACCCUGGCCCCUUCGUCGAACACAUCGCAACCGGCUCAUGGGGAAAGUUUCUUGGCUACUGGUCGGUGAUGACUAGCGCUGUAUUCUCGUUUGCGGGCGUGGAAAGUCUGGCAAUGGCAGCCGCCGAAACGCAAAACCCACGCCGAAACAUCCCCAAAGCGUGUAAAAAGGUCUUCGCGAGAGUCCUCUUGUUCUACAUUCUUGCCGUCCUCAUUGUCGGCAUGAUCGUAGCUAGCGAUGACCCCCGCUUAGGAAACGAGAGUGGCGACGCUUCCCAGUCUCCCUUCGUUAUCCUCGCAUCGGCAGCAGGCAUCAAAGCGAUCCCCUCUAUCGUCAACGCUGUAGUCAUCACCUCAGCUUGGUCUUCGUCCAAUCAAGCUCUCCUCGCCGGAACUCGCGUAUUGUACGGUCUCGCCAUCAAAGGUCAAGCGCCCACGAUCUUCCUGCGCACCACGGCGUGGGGCGUUCCCUACGUCUGCGUUCUAUUCAACACCUGCUUUAUGUUUCUCGCGUUCAUGUCGUUAUCCAGCAACGCCAUGACUGUAUUCUGGUGGCUAGUGGAUUUGACUGCUGCAGGAGUGCUUAUUUCGUGGUCGAGCAUCUUGCUGAACCACACAAGACUUUGUUUGGCAUUCAAGAAGCAGGGAAUCUCACGACGAGAGCUUCCGUUCUACAAUAGGUGGACGGAGUGGACUUCGCCGAUAGCACUGGUGGCCUGUCAGGUUAUCCUCUGGACGGGCGGCUUCUCGGUCUUCACAAAAGGCGGGUGGGAUACCGCGACGUUUGUCUCAUCGUACCUGGAUAUCCCGCUUGUCCUUGCCGCUUUCCUGCUCUGGAAAUUCAUCAAGGGCACCAAGUUUGUGAACCUGGCAGACGUCCCGCUCCGUGAGGCUUUGGAAGAAGUUGCGAAGCACCCGGAGCCAUCGGAACCCAAGAGGACGGGCUGGAAGCGAAUUGCAAAUAUCUUAUGGGAUUGA